CCUAUUUUAUUAUAAAAACCUAGACUUUUUUUUCUUUCCUUUUUUUUUUUUUACAACUUACUUUUUACUUUCUACUUUCACUUUAAAAUGCGCUUUUCUUCUACGCUUGCCUCCUCCAAUCAUCACACACCUUCCAUUUCGAGUAUCAAAAAGGCCUUAUCGACACUUGUCAAUAAGAUCCCGCAUCAUCCGAAAGUAGGACCUACUGUUGUGAAGAACGAUCCACAUACAGUGAUUCGAGUGGUUGCCAAGACAGCGAUCAAAAAGGACAAUGACAUGAAUCGAGAUCUGCGCAAUUAUUACACGAGCAAGAAGCGACAGCUGGAAGAGGAAAGCAGCAGCCAUAAUGAUAAUUUAAAUGUUGUUGCGGUGGAAAGAGAAAACCGUCACAAGACUGUCAAGCAAUAUCAACAAACAGGUGGUCAUCAUCAUUCACAGCAUCAUUGGAUAGAACAUUCUAAUCCACCCACGGUAAAUAAAUCUGCACAACAGCCAAAAUGGGCUAAUACGCAUGGUUAUGUCAGAGACACUAGAUCCAACUCUGAUUAUUUGCGUAAAUUGGCAAUCACCACAAACAAUGCGGUUCCCAAAUCAUGUCGAAAGAGAUCCGAUGAGUUUGUCUGGGGGAGACAAUCCCCUUUAAGGAAUGUUGUCUAAAACCAGUCUCUCUCUUUAUAUAUAUAUAUAUAUGAUUCUUUCCUGCCCUUCUUUUGUGUACAUAACUUAUGCCCUCUAUUUAUUCCACUUACCCCCACCCCCCAAAUUAUAUAACUGUAGUAA